AGCACGGAAAUUACCAGUAAGGCCUGGUAGUUAUCAGUUGGUGAAGCCAUUAUUUUUGGUCACAAAUAGUACUCGUUUAUUUCCUAAAAUCUCGCUUUUUUGUCAUAAAAGAGAAUGAAUGGUAUACGUGCAAGGCAUUCUAGGCGUAAUAAGAGACCGAAUUCUACGAGAAUGGGCCAGAAAAGGAAAAAGAAGCAUAAAAAGAUCGUAAAGAUAAUGAACUCUACCUUAUCCAAGCGCUGGGAUCACAGCAAGACACUAAAACAGAACUUCCAGGAGCUUGGCCUAGUGAGUGAUGUCAAUAUGGCAUUACCAAUCCAAAAAAAGAAGAAAAGAGAGGAUGACAAUGAAAAAAUGGAGGUAGAAAAAUCACCUACCGAUGUAGUACAAGAGUUUGAGACCCUUGCAGCAAAUGAAGUGAAAAAAGAGCGGCGCAUUGCACCUGGGGAGGCUCAGUUUGUGUGGAAACUGAUACAGAAACAUGGUGAAGACUACAAGGCCAUGUCAAAAGACAAGGAGAACUAUUACCAGCAUACUCCCAAACAGCUCAAGCGCAAGUGUGAAGCAUUUCUAAGAUCAAGUCAGGACUUUAGUGAAUACCUCAAAGAUGCAUGAGACUGUCAUAGAUGCAUCAAGGGCAUCUCUGAGAUAAUAUCAGGAUGUUAAUACCUCAAGGACCACCAUUAUCAAGUCAGAGGCAUUUUUGAGAUCAUAUUAGAACUUUAUUUCCUCAAGAAUGUGUAAGACAAUCAUUAUCAAGUGAGGGGCAUUUCUGAAAUCAUAUCAGAACUUAACUAAUACUUCAAUGUUGUGGAAGACCGCCAUUAUCAAGUUAGAAGCAUUUCUGACCUCAAGGAUGUGUAAGGAUACCAUUAUCAAGUGAGGGGCAUUUCUGAAAUCAUGUCACAAUUUUAAUACCUCAAGGAUGUGUAACACUGUCAUAUCCACAAAAAAGCUUGGAACUUAGUAA